GGUUAGCGAUGCAUUCACGUUACCAUUGUUUGACUGGGGAAACAACAGCUUUGUUUUAUACCUUUUGAAAAUGCGUUUUUAUUGCUUACAUUCAGCUUACUGUUUGGUGUUCUGAGUAUAGUAAUAGCUUGACAUUGUAAAAAAAAAAAAAAAAAAAGUUUGAUAAACAUUUUUUAGAUUGCUGUUUCUUUUGCUUCGGGUGAGUGGAUUCCCUGUUUCCGACACAGAUGGAUUUAAUGAAGAACAAGGAAACGAGCAGGGGGAGGGACGACCAACACGUCUGGAACCAGCAGCCAGUUGUCCAUACAUAAUGUCCUUGGGAAGCCGUCCGUCCUCCAUCCGCCGAACAUGUCCCAGCCACCGAAGACGGCGCUGGCUAAGCAGACAGUUCAUGCUAUGGAUAUUAGCCCGCUGAAGAACAACACUGUGUGGAAUAUAGUCCUGCCAGCUAAUACCAAGGAUACGUUUGAUGCACCGCAUGUGGAAAACGUUAAGUCGACGCUCUUGUCUCAUGCCUGUUCUUAUGCAGAACCCUUACCUUCAGGGCAUGAAAGAGGACUUCCUGUACCACUUUAACCUGGGAAAAGGAACGCACAACCUUCCUGCUCUGUUUGGUGAUGUCAAAUUUGUGAGUGUUGGGGGCAGUGCACAGCGAAUGAGAGAGUUCAUUGAGUACAUUGCCACCGAGCUUGGUAUUGAAGACGCCCAAUCGAACUACCCCAAUAUAUGUGUGGGAACAGAUCGCUAUGCCAUGUACAAAGUCGGCCCUGUACUCUCUGUCAGCCAUGGAAUUGGCAUCCCAUCUAUGUCAACAAUGUUGCAUGAGCUGAUAAAACUCCUGCAUUACGCUCAAUGCACGGAUGUUACAAUAGUACGCAUCGGAACAUCAGGUGGACUAGGCCUCGAGCCUGGUACUGUGGUUGUCACCAGACAGACUGUGGACGCCACAUUUCUGCCCAAAUUCGAGCAGCUGAUCUUGGGGAAGAAGGUGGUCCGCGAUUCUGACCUGGACCGCUGCCUGGCUGAAGAGCUGUUGGAGUGCAGCAAGGAGCUGGAUCAGUUUAAGACGGUCAUAGGCGACACCAUGUGCACUCUGGACUUCUACGAAGGUCAAGGCCGUUUGGAUGGAGCUUUCUGCUCGUACACCGAGAAGGAAAAACACGAAUACUUGACCAAAGCCCAGGAAGCAGGCGUCUGCAAUAUCGAAAUGGAGUCCACCGUCUUUGCUGCCAUGUGCAAACUGGGCAACCUACGAGCGGCUGUGGUUUGCACUACAUUACUGGACCGUCUGAAGAAAGAUCAGGUGACGAGCUCUCAUGAUGUCCUCCACGACUAUCAACAACGACCUCAGAGACUGGUGGCCUACUACAUCAAGAAGCAGCUAAAGGCCAAAGCUCGUAAUAGCUGAACGUUGCACUCCUGCUAUUAAAAGAUUGUUGAUUUGUUGAACUUAAAUAUUCGUAUUUAUGCAACUUUUGUACGAUUCAAGAGUACUCAGCGACGAGGAUAUAUGCAAGGCCUUAUGUUUUGUAUUCUGUUGUAAUGUGACAUAAUAAAAACAUACUUCUUCAUUCAUUCUCUUGGGUUUGAUCUUAAAUUGUGAAAAACAUUGGCUUUAACAGGUGUGGCUGUGGGCAACCUCCCAAUCAACUGUGUAGGACUCGUCAGCGGAGUUAAUGCUGACUGAGCCGUUUGCUCUUCACCACAAUUUUAACAUUGCUUCUGUUGUCUGUGUUGUGCAAUAUACUUCAUAUCAAUCAAUCAAUCAAUCAAUGUUUAUUUAUAUAGCCCUAAAUCACAAGUGUCUCAAAGGGCUGCACAAGCCACAACGACAUCCUCGGUACAGAGCCCACAUAAGGGCAAGGAAAAACUCACCCCAGUGGUACGUCGAUGUGAAUGACUAUGAGAAACCUUGGAGAGGACCGCAUAUGUGAGUAACACC